CUUGCUGAUUUAUUUAUAAAUUAAUUUCUCUCUAUCUCGUUUACGUGUUGUUUUGUGAAAAUUUGCAUCGCAUUUUCACGCGCCUGCAUUAGUAUUCGUCGGUGUGUUGACGUGCGAGGAAAAGCGCGAGAAAAACGCGAGCGAGAGAUCGCAGAGGGAAAACAAAACAUCAUCUCGACGGCCCAAGCAACAAGCCAUUAAAAUCAUAACCUUGGGCGUGUAUUAAUCGAGUGAUCCCCCACCCCACCCCUUAUCUACAUACAUUCUUCCACCGAUUUUGAUCUGGAUUACGGGGCUUGUUCUGUUUUCUGGUUCCGCUGGUAUUUCUGUUUCCGUGCAAACAUCUGGCGAGAUAAGGGCCUAUAGAAGACAGCCCCGCCCCGCCCCCCUUCGGCACAACUCCCCUUCCCCCACCAAGCGCUCCAACAACAACAAAAGUUGCUUUUGCAAAAAACGGCGCUGAACUUAUAGUUUUGCCUUUGGACACAACAGACGGCCGCGCAUCAGAACUUUUUACAGGCCAGAGGGGAGCGAGAUCAAAAGAUGAUUCAUGUGGGCGAGAAUACGUGGAACCUGCGGAUCCUCAUCACGGAUCUGCAGGUGGAGAAGACGCUGCGGGUGAAGGGGGAUCAGCAUAUUGGCGGUGUCAUGCUGAACCUCGUGGAUCCGGAGAUGCCCAAGGAUUGGUCCGAUCACGCCCUGUGGUGGCCCGCCAAGAAUGUGUGGCUAACCAGGACGAGAUCCACUCUGGACCAGGCUGGAGUCCAAUCCGAUUCGUUUCUGCACUUCACACCCAUGCACAAAACGCUGAGGGUUCAAAUGCCCGAUCUUCGCUAUCUCGACUAUCGUGUCAACUUCUCGGCCAAGACUUUUGGGGCCGUAGUGAGCCUGUGCAAGGAUCUGGACAUUCGCUAUCCGGAGGAGCUGUCGUUCUGCAAACCCCUGGAGGCGGAGCAUCUCAAGAAGAACUUUUCCAAGCUGCCGCAGCGCAAGAUUCCCGUGGCGGACGUGAAUGGCAUUGGCUAUUUGCAGCCAGCGGCGGACACCAACUCCUUUGUCCCCAUCACAGGAGCCUACAAUGGCAGCAAUAGCAGUCUGGAUCGCUCGCACAAUGGCAACCUGCUGUGUGCCCCGACCUCGCCAUAUGCCACCACGCCCAGGAGGGCAGCCACUGCGCCUGGAACGCCCAUUAGUUCGCCCACGGGCACCUGGAAGCACAACUCCACGGGCUACGCUAGCUACGAUUCAAACUCCAGUUUCGGCGACCUCCAGGAGAACCUGGCCAUGUCGCCCAGGUCCCCCAGUCCGGAUGUAAGAGCCCGUCUGAUUAGGCCCAAGACACGGGUGGAGAAAGCCCGUCUUAAUGUGGGCUGGCUGGACUCAUCGCUGUCCAUCAUGGAACAGGGUGUUCGGGAGUACGACACCCUCUGCCUUCGCUUUAAAUACUUCACGUUCUUCGAUCUGAACCCCAAGUACGACCAGGUGAGGAUCAACCAGCUGUACGAGCAGGCCAAAUGGAGCAUCCUCAACGAGGAACUGGACGCCACCGAGGAGGAGACCCUCAUGUUUGCCGCCCUGCAGUUCCAGGUGAAUCACCAGACGGAUCUGCAUCCACCAGGCAUCGAUUCCGGGAUAGACACCUCCAGUCAGGAGACUGGCGGCGAGGACGACAUUGACUCCGCUCUCAACGAGCUGCAGAUCACCCUCGAGGGUCCGGGAGGUGGCAAGGAUCAGGGCAACAUCACCAGGAUACCAGAGCUAUCGGACUAUCUGAAAUUCCUCAAGCCCCAGCGGUUCACGCUCAAGGGAUACAAGCGCUACUUCUUCACCUACAGGGAUCUGCAUCUGCACCUGUACAAAUCGCAGGAAGAGUCCCGUCGCGGAGCUCCCAGCAUCAGCAUCAAUUUGCGGGGCUGCGAGGUGACGCCCGAUGUUAACUUGGCCCAAGGAAAGUUUGCAAUUCGCUUGGAAGUUCCGCCAGAGGGCAAGAAUGGUCCGAAUAGCGAGGUCUGGGUGAGAUGCGAGAACGAAGAGCAAUAUGCCAAGUGGAUGGCCGCCUGUCGUCUGGCCGCCAAGGGUCGCUCUCUGGCCGAUAGCUCCUACGACAGCGAAGUGAGCAGCAUUCGCUCGCUGCUCCAGAUGCAGAAACCCGCCCAGGGAGCUCCGCUCGCCGUGAAUCCCAGGAGUGUUGAGCCCAUGGACUAUCUGUCGCCCAAAAUGAUGCGCAAACUAUCGAGCAAAGCGGUGCAGCGUAUUCUAGAGGCCCAUGCCAAUGUUAAGCAGUUGCCCCUGAUGGAGGCCAAGAUGAAGUACAUCCAGGCCUGGCAAUCCCUGCCCGAUUUCGGUGUAACUCUCUUCGUCAUCAAGUUCGACGGCCACAAGAAGGAGGAGCUGCUGGGCGUGGCCAACAACCGCAUCAUGCGCAUGGACCUCAGCUCCGGAGAUCACAUCAAGACCUGGCGCUAUAACACGAUGAAGGCCUGGAACGUCAACUGGGGCAUCAAGUGCAUGAUGAUCCAGCUGCAGGACGAGAACAUCAUCUUCUCCGUCCAGUCGGCGGACUGCAAGGUCGUGCACGAGUUCAUCGGCGGCUACAUAUUCAUGUCCAUGCGCUCCAAGGAGAACAACCAGACGCUGAACGAGGAGAUGUUCCACAAGCUGACGGGUGGCUGGUCGUAAACGGAUUAGCGGAAUCCUAAGGAGGUGUGAAGUGGAGUGGAGUCUUACGAGUGCCAAGCACAAACCUCGUCGCAUGUUCUACAGUUUUAUCUACAUAUAUUUACCUAAAGUAGGGUGCGUUGAUUUAUGGGUUGAGAAGUAAUCUGCGGACUAUGCUAGGCAAAUAUCGCUUAACAUUAGUUGUAAAAGCACCAAUGCCAAAUUAUUAGCAAGGUCAUUUUUAUCUUCUGGUUUUGAAAAACAAAAGUAACCAAAUUUAAUAUCUACUUUGUAAACUACUUUGACAGACUAGUAGUGAAAAUUGUUUUUAUUUUCUUACUGUCGGCAUUUACCUAAAAAUAAUUAAUUUUAAAACGACCAGAAAAUAAUUUGUGUUGUUGAAACGUACUCUAUAUCUAGGGCAAUGCUUAACUUGAUUUUAAAACUGAAAUUGCUUGAAGCUGUCCAAAGAUUACCUCCAUUUUUUAUCAACCCAGUCAGUCGACCCACCCUCGUCGAAAGCGUUGUGUGUUUAAGUGUUAAUGGAAGUGGAAUUCUAGACUAAUAGCAAUCACCACGCUGAUAACGAUGUUGUGCCUUCGCCAGAGCAAUCUUAACCCAAAACAAGUCCAAGUCAAUGUCCUGUGUUCUCUGUGUUGUCUGUUUUCUAACACAGCGUUAAAGUUACACUACUUAAGUCCUUUUUGUACCACUCUUGUGCGGACUUGCGCGACUAACCCGCAGUUUUACAUAUUGUAUAUUUAUUAAACAAAUUAAUAAGCAGAAUAAA